AUGUCUGCUGCUGCAACCACACCCGUUCCGGAAAAAUGCCGUGUCCUUGUGAUAGGCGGUGGGCCUGGCGGGUCAUACGCAGCAACUGUUUUAGCUCGUGAAAAUAUCGACACUGUCGUUCUUGAGGCCGAGCAUCAUCCCCGCUAUCACAUCGGCGAAAGUACUCUUGUUUCAUUUCGCCACUAUCUUAAAUUCAUUGAUCUUCAUGAAGAAUUUGAUAAACAUGGCUUCACGACCAAGGUUGGAGCUGCAUUCAAGAUGGUGCCUAACGGCCGUGAGGGAUUCACCGACUUUCGCGCGGGCGGACCAGACAACAUAGCUUGGAAUCUCAUUCGCUCCGAAGCGGAUGAGAAGAUGUUUCGACACGCUGAAAAGUCCGGGGCUAACACCUAUGAGGGAGUCAAGGUGCAGUCGAUCAAUUUUGAGGAUACCAAAGAUGCCAAUGGGAUCAAUGGAGACGCGCAGCUGAAUGUUGGUCGCCCCGUCUCUGCUCAGUGGAAGAGAGAUGAUGGCACAACUGGCAAAAUCGCAUUUGACUAUGUCGUGGACGCUAGCGGGCGCGCGGGCCUUCUGAGCACCAAGUACCUAAAGAAUCGGUCAUACAGCAAAGCUCUCAAGAACGUUGCGAACUGGGCAUAUUUCACAGGUGGCAAGAGAUACCAGGAGGGCACAGAUCGCGGAAACUCGCCCUUGUUUGAGGCCUUGCAUGGAAAGAUAACAGACGAGAGCGGCUGGGUGUGGUAUAUUCCCUUGCACAACGGCACACACUCGGUUGGGGUUGUCAGGAACCAGAACGUUGCUGCUGAGAAAAAGAAGGAAGCCGACUCAGUACAGCACUACUUCACUGAGAGCCUCAAGCUCUCCCCGAUGAUCAGCAAGCUGCUGGGUACAGACAGCGAGCAGGUCACAUCAAUACAUUCGGCCUCGGAUUUCUCGUACCAUGCGAAAAGCUACGCUAUCCCACAUGCUCGUAUCGUGGGUGACGCCGGAUGUUUCAUCGACCCGUUCUUCUCUUCGGGUCUUCACCUCGCGCUCACUGCUGCCCUCUCGGCAGCUACCACCAUUGCAGCCAGCAUUCGUGGCGACGUAGAUGAAGCUGUUGGUACGAAGUGGCAUACGGACAAAAUUCGCGAGGCCUAUGCCCGUUUCUUGUUGGUUGUGCUAGGCACUUAUCAACAAAUGCGCAAUCAGGAAGCCCCGGUGCUGUCCGAGGUGGGCGAAGAUAACUUUGACAGAGCUUUCAAGUUCUUCCAACCUGUCAUUCAGGGAACUUCCGACUCAACAGACAAGUUCACUCAGGCUGACCUCACCAAGACAGUCUCCUUCUUGACCGCAGCUCUUACACCCGUAAUGCGCCCAGACGGUCCAGAUGCAUCGCAGAAACCUCUGCUGGGCAAAAAUGAAUUGGUGGGGGCAGAGGAUGAAGAGGCUCUAAAAGCCCUUGUCAUGCAUCACCAGUCUGACACUGCCCAUGGACUCGACAAGUUCACCACAGAUGUUAUCGAUGGGCGGAUCCCGAGAUUGGAGAGGGGAAAUUUGACACUCACUCUUGUUGAGAACAAAGCAUAA